AUAAGUAUGGAAAGAAAUCUUGAUUAAAUUAAUAAAUACUAAUCAAUGGAAGAUUAUCUCAUAAUCCCACGAGUAACGGACUCUUUCUGGUGAUGGUCCACUGUGUACUGUGUCGUGGCCCUCUUCUCGCUAUUUCCGAUAUUUAAUUUAAAUAUAUAAAUAUAUAUGUGGGAAUCGAAUUAAAGGGCACAAUUAAGGUAGAAGAAGAGAGAUAGAGUCGGCGCUUUUUUCUUGGCUGUAGGGAGUACAGAGUGAGAGAGAGAAGAGCACAUAUCUCAAGUCAAGCACAAAACACUUACUGUACUGUAUUUUGUUUAUUAUUUUAUUUUAUGUCUUUGUGUAUAAAUUUUUGGAGAAUCUGAAGUCCGAAGAUUAGUCGAUCUCUGGGGUAACGGCUAUUUUUUCUUUUUAUGAUAUUGAGGGAGAACAAAGUUUGAUUUGGUUUUUAAGGCUACCUUUAGAGAUGGAUUGUAACAAUGACGGUAAUACUAGACAACAUUGGGAUUGGCAAGGUGAGGAAUAUUGUAGCCAAAAGGAUUCCAAUUAUGAUGUAUCUCAAUGUAUAUGGAAUGAAGUGGCUUUGAAUGAGGAAGAUCUCUCCUACAUGUUAGAUGAAACAACCCCAGUCAAGUCUUGCGGGGAUUUGGCUUACCACAUUAAUCAUAGCGAUAGCAUGGACAAGGAACCAGCAGAAAAAAGGGACUCAUUUUCUCAGUUAAAGAGACGCCGAAUGCUACAGUUUGAUACUCAACCAGGAGAUUCCCCCUUUUGCAAUGAAGAUAUAUCGUCUGUAUUUCUUCAAUCAAAUGAGAGGGAGGACUCACUUGAAGAAGUUUUACCUCAAGCAUCAGAGUGGCUUCCUGGGUUUUCAGAUGCAUCUGCCUCCAGUUAUGAGGUCCUGGAUCAGUCCUCUGAGGGAUGGCUUGCUGAAUGCCUUAAUGACACUGAGAUGCAUUUGAGUCCCAAUGAUAUGAAUUUUCCUGGAGCAUCUGAUGUUCAAAUUGAUAUUUCAGAGUUCUGCAAUGGUCCAGUUGGGAAUGAAGCCAGUGUAAUUCAAAAGCGUGUGACCCGAACUCCCCGGAAUGUAGUUUUUAAAGGUAAGAAGUCUUUCAUACGAACCCCCACUAAGUUAGCUUCUUCUGUGGUCUAUCCGUUUGCAUUCAUCAAACCUUGUGGGUUCCAUGGAGAUGUUACAUUGAAGGACAUAAAUCAGCGGAUCCGCACGCCUCCACCAUCAAAAUCAAAGCAAAAUGAUGAAGAUCCUACUGCUUAUCCAACUUCGGCUUUUUCUGGGAAGCCUGUUGUUGGCAAAACUAAAAUUCGUACUGAAGGAGGAAAAGGAAGCAUCACAAUUAUGAGAACCAAAGGUUGAGUAGAUAAUUGUCUUUUUCUGGGAAACCUGUUUUGCAGCCCGAUGAACUCAUCCCGAUGUGCAAUGGGGCCGAGUUCUUCUUAACCUUGUUUUUAUGCUCUGUAGAAAUCUCGGGCCUUCCAAAGUAUAGGUGUUGAUAGUGGAUUUUUUCUUUUUUUUUUUUUUUUUUUUUUUUUUUUUUUAACCU